CACUCGCUCAAAGCUUUUGGAUCGUUGCCACAGCUUACCGUUGCUGCCAAAGCGUGUGUUGCGCCUGGCCACUGCAGGUUAGUCGAAUUUUACGCGUACUAUCGAUUGGACGCAGAUUGGCCAGACUCGAUCCAGAGAGGUGUGCUGCGAUCGAUCGGAGGCAGGUUUCAGUUGUUUCUUCCUCGAUUUUUUUUCUGGUACAAACAGUGCGCGAGUGCGAACGAAUCCCGCGCGCAAAAGACGGGGACUUUGGGUGGAUUGGCUGCGGUGUCUGCAAUACACCCGCAUUGAGCAUUGAUUUGAAGUGAUUCCAAGACGGUGGAUUAUCGUUGCUGCCGCUGGUAGCGAAAACCAAAAAAUUGGAAAUUCGAAUCGAAUUGCGACAGUUUAGUUUUUCCUCGAGGGCGCUAAAGGAAACACUCUAUUGUGAUAUUGUACGGUGGAUAAAAUUUAUGUUUGCAUCUAAAGCGACUCGGUGGUUUUGUGAAACAGAAAAAAAGUAGUAGAGUGGUGUUUCGAAGCCAUUUCGCCGGUUUGACAUCCUCUUCUUCGGUGAUUGUUGCAUAUGCGCGGUACGGAUUAAAUUUCAUAGGAGAAGUUAAAGAAAACUUAUACCGAGCAGAGAGCUUCGACAGAGGCUGCAGGCUGAGAAAUAAAGUAUCACAUCGGUGUGACCCUCAACAAAGAGAAAGGGAACGAGUGAUCAAGAAAUCAGUUUGUAGUAAAACAAGAAACCCGUACAAAAAAUAAGAAAAAAAUAGUUAAGGUGUAAAAGUUAUGUGCUACAGAUAUUGUGCUGCAUCCGGUUUCGAGUAGACGAAGUCCACAAGGUCGUAUUGCUGCAGUUUGAGUCGGAGGAGCCAGCCGACAAUAAUCAGCCAUCCAGACGGUCCAGAGGGGGCCCACGGGCCUUAGCGCCAAGCAACCGAUGAGAUGAAGUGGAGCAGUUUGUUCGUAACGACUGCGUUGUCAUUAUUUGUCAUUUUCGGAUUAAUAAAUGCAAUUAAGGCGCAACGAGGUUCCGUACGCUUUGGUCAGCCAUCGUCAUCGGCUAAACCAUGGGUGGACGACAGCUCAACGCAUGGCGUCGCCAAAGAGGUCAGCAUCAGUCAAAACGAGCGACCGAGCCCGCGGCGUCGUAUUGCGACCACCGAAACGGUAACCAUGAGUGAGAGAUCGCUCUCAAGGACACCCACUAGGGGCAGGAAUCGACCGGUGCCACCAUCUUCGACAACCAUUCAAAGUCGUUCGACGGAUGCAGGUAGUAGGGAUGAUGAAGGAACUCAGAACAUGAGCAAGGAACAGCUGGCACCGAGCUUGCGUACCGAGGUUAUCUAUCAGAAUGAGUUUGCGGACGACUCGGGCAAGAGUUCGAAGGAAAAGGCACCGUUCCGAAGGAAGAUCCGACCGAAAGGAUUGAAGGGCGUUGAUUUGGAAAGUGGAAGCAAUUCGACUACGACAGUGGCUGGCGUGCGGCCAGGUCGGAAACCCGGUCGUGCCAGUGCCGCAACCGGAAACAAACUCUCGAACGAAGUGGAGGAAAUAACGCCGAAGUUCGGCGUGACUCGGCAAAGAAGCACUAAGAGCGAUAGGCUGGAAAUCACGAAUAGCACAUCAACCACUGUUUCAACAACGGCAACAACGGCAACAACGGCAUCGGUAUCCAGUACAAGAGGGAACCGCAAAUUGAACCGGUUGACAAGCUCUGUGAGCAACCGAAUUUCGAAUGAUGUUGAAGAGUCCAUUCCGAGUUCUUCGGUACGUUCGGUAGACAAUCGUCAGCGAGGAAAGGUGAAGGCCAUUUCGAAGGAACACAUUGAGAACUUAUCUUCUGAAGAGAACUAUCCAGAACAGUUCAAGAAGCUGUUGAAGGCGAAGGUUCACGAGAAUAAUCUGAAAGAUAUCUAUGCGAAUACUUUGGAUGUUACGACGGUGAAGAGCUACACGAAAGCGGAAGAGCUUGAUAUGUCCCGCUCCAAAGUGAGGGUACUCAGUACGACAACACCAGGGCCUACAACUACGGUGAAGGUGAUAACUCCACGACCCAUCAGGACGCUUGUCAGUUCAUCUACGAUAGCGGAGCCGUCGUCACUUUCGCGACAAGCAUCGUCCAGAUUUAGAGCGUCCAGCACUACGCCAUCACCUCCGAAGACUACGAAAAGAUCUUUACCGUUGCGAUCCCGAAUGGCGACAUCUUCGUCAGCCUCGACGAGUGUCGAGCCUAGCUCGACGACGAUUUCUACCGUUGUUACUGCUAAAUCAUCUCGAGCAUUUUCUCGCAAACCAAGUGUAGUUAGCUUGUUGACCUCCAGCACUACACCAUCUUCAACGACCAGCCGCAAAUCGUACUCUCCGUUGAAUAAAAGCUAUGGAUCUAGCAAAAAGACUUCCCCGUCGGCAGCGGAACCUAUCGAAAACCAUGAAGAGUUGGAAUCGUCCUCUCAGAAGUCACCAAUUGUAUCUUUCCGGAGCCCAGGCUCAUUCCGUCCGCCGAAGAAAUUACGCAAAGCUGUGGCGACAGUCGAGAAUGGCAACGAUCUUCAGUCUGCGCCAAACCCGGUUCGUUCCAAGGCUCCAUCCCCACUGAAUGCUUUGAAGCGUUCGCAAUCGCCGGCCUCAAGGGUGGCUCCCCGCUUCGAGUCCAGCCUCAAGAAAUCACCUGUCUACACACCGACCAUUCCAACCCUGACGUCAACGGAAGAAAAUUUACAGGCGAAGGUUAGACUUGAUGGCCACUCUUUGCUAACGACUGCUAACGCUUCCACCGCAUACACCACAACCACCAACAGCACCUUCCCUUCCAGUACGGCAACACUCGCUAACGAAUUAGGCGUCGGUGAAACGAUGGGAGGAGGGUUGUUGGAGGAUGAAACUCUCGACCGGAUUCUCUCCGAUCGCGAAAUCGCGGCUUCGUCCGGUGAGGAGAGUUUGGAGGAUGGUGGAAGAGAUGACGAUAUACAGCCAGUGGCCGCGGGGCUAACCCAGAGUCGUAUCGAUGUCGAAACGUCCAACCAUUCGCCAUCGGUGACCGUGUCGAUCUUUAGCGCCCUCUCCGAGAUCCUCUCGCAGCCAACAGAAAGUUUACCAUUUUUGUAUUCUAGCACCGAUGCACCUGCGCCAACUAGUUCUUCCAGCACGUCCACAACGACGUCAACUACGACAACCACUACUACUACUACUACCACAACCACCACCACUACCACCACCACAACUCCUAAGCCAAUCACUUUGCGAAAGCCUGUGGCCAAGGUAUUGGAAAUUGGUAGCACCACUGCUAUUCCUAUCGUAUUGGGUACAGUGUCUGUACAUAAUAGUGACCCAGUCGAUAGUACCACUACUACUGUAUAUAAUACACCCCCGGAAGGGACCACUAGCAUCCGGCCAACAACGGCGGUGGUGGACAGCGACUCAAGCAUGCUAUCCGAAAGGGACGAACUCAUUAACAAUGAUGUCGAGCAAGAAGAGUACCCCAUCCCAACCACUUUAAAUCACGCAAAUCAUUCUUCAGCCAUCAGCGCCAACGAUUCUCUGUUGAACGAUCACUUUCCUUUCCCUCAGACCCAGAAUCUUCUCGAAACACCCGCCGUCACUACUACGGUCACUGUUGAGGAACCAACCACUAUGACCCAAUCAACAACAAUCGCCACUACUACCAACAGUGAGAGUAUGCUAACGAUGUCGCCCACUAAUAUACCACUAAUCGAAAGCGCUGAUCCUACGACCUAUCCAACGAUCCCCGUCCAAACGACCACGGUUCAGACCACCACUAUGACCCCAGGGUUGUUCGCGUUGGACGUUCGCGAUUUGACAACAGAGCAAGCGCCAUCCAUCACGCCAGUCGAGCUUGAACAUACUCUCAUGCCUACUACUGCUAGUCCCAUUGCUACCACCACCACCUCAACCACAACCACCAUCAUUACCUCCACGCCCCCUAGUGCCAUGCUUUCAAACCUAUCGCAUACGGAAAGAGUUCCGGAUUCGUUCGCUUAUACUAACGUUACUAAAUCAUCACUGACCUUCACCGAACUACCGACUAGUACGACAACCGCAUCAGAGACGACGACGACCGAGUCGGAUCAGACGACCGUCACCGCGAUCGUGACAUCGGCACCAAUGACCGUAAGUAGGACUACAAACUCGUUUCACAGUUCCUUCGUAACCACGACUCCCCGGUCUGAAUUUACUGAAUUUAACUUCCGUGAACGAAUUCUCACAUCCGAAAGUCCUAUCGAGUAUCAUCCACGAUUUAAGGUCCGCCCUUCUAUUUUCGGGGUUGCACAGAGUUCCGUCGGCAGCACUGCCAGCACUACUAGUACUACUUCUACCACUACUACCACUUCUACUCCGGCUCCUGCCGCAGUUAGCACUUCUACUCCGGCAAGCACCACUAGUACCACUACUGAGAGCACUACCAGCACAACUUCCACAACCAGGGCGCCCAUAACGGAGGCCCGAAGCACUGCUGCGGGGACUACUCAUAGCACCACCACCACCACUGAACCAUCCACCACGACGACAACCACCUCGAAACCCCGGUCGCGAGGCAUCGUCGUGUACGGUAUUCUGCCCAACAACACCGUCAUCCGACGCAUCAUCGGAGGUGAAGAUGAGGAAGCCUCGACCACCACCGAGAACCCCCGGAUCGUGUUUGGCAUCUACCCCAACGGGACCGUCGUCCGACGGUACCCGAACGGAACGAUCGUCCCGGAUAAGCCCCGUCCCCGGGGUCGUGUCGAAAUCACCGACAUCGACCCACGCCAGCUGAGGGAUCCCAACAGUGCCAUCUAUCGGGAGUCCCCCACGCAAGCGCCACCGGCACCUGUAGCCACUUCUAGUGUCACCCCCGCUACUACUACUACUAGCAGCACAACAACCGUCAUCAACAACUACCCAACUAGUACUACCACUACCAUUACGAAUGAUGCUAUGGGAACGACAGCGAUCAUUGACAUUUUGAGAAGGUACAACGAUGAGAAUCGGCUGGAUACGAAGGUCAAGUCGGACAACGUGUUCAGUUUGGCGAUGAGUCGGGCCAGGAAUGGCGGCAAGAAGUCGGAUGCUCCCACCAAGAUAUCCUUGGACAUCGACUUCACGACACCGAAAAUCAUCGAAGACGUCCGCAUCGCCCGACCGGAAGGUCCAGAUCUCGUCUAUCGUUGGAACCCUUCCUCAAGCAGCUCAGAAGCUACCAGUGAUUUGGCGAGUACCGAAGGUGCGUCCAUUGCGGACAACACGGUUCCGGACAACAUUAACGAGCUCAAGAGUGUCCCGGCGAAAAGCACGGAACCGGCAUCGGUGGUACAGACCGAGUUCUCUGAUGCCGUUGGUCUACGCAUCUCUUCCGAAAGAAACACAGAUGUACAGUCGACAACUAGCAAGGCGGAAGUUUCAGAACUUAACAAUUUCGUAACUUCUACGUUACUUCCCGUCAUGGAGGGAUCUUUGAUGACUACCAUGAAAUCGACGACCACCACGAGCACAACAACUGAGCCUACCACCACGACACCAACGACAACGACGACGACGACGACUGCAAAGUCGUUGAACAGGAAACUGCACGACGAGCAGUUAGAGAGGAAUCUUAAACUGCUUCAGCAGUUUUUGGAGGCGAGCACAACGUCCAAACCGAAAAUAACCACAACCGAAGCCCCAGUAAUAACAACAACCGCUAGAUCGGCAAGAAGGAAACCACAGAGCAACCAACUGGAUGCAAAUCUCAGGUUGCUGCAACAGUUUCUGGCAGCUAAUCAAGGGGAUAUUGCAGCCACUAGAGCAGUUACUCCAUCCACUACAACUACCACAACGACAACUGAACCCAGUACCACUCCGAGCACAACCACUACUACUACCACCACUACUACAACCACUACACCAAGGCCAACUACAACUACAACCCGAGCGACGACCACCCGAGCGAAGCCGACUACGCAACGACCCAGAACCACUACGUUCUCGGAUGCGGAGGAUCUGAACUUCCUGCGGCAGUUGGCAAAAUUCCUCAAUGGUGGUGGCCAAACAACCCGAAGAACCACGAGGAAGCCAACCACAACUAGCACCACUAGUACAACAACAACCACAACCACCACGACAACCACGCCAAGACCGAUAACCACUACUUCUCGGCGUCCUACAACAACCCAUCCACUGAGUACGGUGAUCUUGGAUAAGGACGAUCCAGAUUUUCUGAACGAAUUGCGCCGACUGCCAAACUUCGCCUCCCCGAACCCGCUGGUGGAUAGUUCCCUGGCGAACCGAAUCCUCCAGUUGGCGAUUAACCGCGACGCAAAGAGUAUUCCGUCUGCAAAUCAAAUAAACGGUGUACCUCAAACCCAAAAGCCACCGAGCGUUCCGCCGGUAGAGGUGGAACACACCAAAAAGCAACUGGACAGGGAACUUCAGUCCUACAACAAUGACAUUCGCUUGUUGUCGUCUCUGCUGGGACGUCCAAUCUCCGGCAAAGACAUACCGAAUCUCACAAAACAGCUAGCCCCUUCGGUGCCACGAACAACGUCUACCUCAACUACCACGACCACCACCACCACCACCACACGACGGCCAUCGGUCGACCCUGUUCUGCUGCAGCAACUGCUGCGCAAGCAGCAACAACAGCACAACUCCAGCCCGGAUGUGGUCGCUGCGCCAGAGUUGUACGGCAGAACGAAUGAGGCCAUCCUGGCGUCAGUCCUUAAACAGCGUGGCAUCGGACCGGCCAACACGAACGCAAACAUAGACGAAAUCCUAGCGAAGAUCGCACCUCGUGGGGGUCUCGGCGCGGUCACGGUGCAACCGAUCAUCACCACCACGACGGUGCGGCCAAGGCCACGGCCAACGCGGCCGCCACCGGAAUUCGUUCCGCUUCCUCCACCGCGACAGUCAUCGCGGCCAAUCCUCGACGGACUGUCGUGGUUGUGGCGAGAGUGGCAAGCAACGGCUCCCCGACCCCGGCAACGACUGCCGGGAUAUUCGGCGACAAUCGACUCACCACCAGCCGACACGUUUGGGCUGAGUGGUGGUCUGGGAGGAGGAGGAGGACGCCGACCGUCAUCGCAGUCGCUGGCCUACAGAGAUGAAGGGCUGGAUCCGGAUGCGUCUCCUUUUCAGAAGCCCAUCAAUCCCAGCGUCACGGAGGAAGCGCCUUCGCUGUUCAGUGGACUAGGUGGCAUCAACCCGGGUGGGCAGCUAUUGAAUGCGGCUAUCGGUGUGACACGGGCAGUGUCUCAGUUCCUUGGAGCGGCGCUGCAGGGUGCAGCGAAAAGUUUCACCACGGCGUUCAACUCCCCACCGGAUGACCUUAAUAAUCUGCGAUACAGUGGAAGAUGAGAGCGAUCCACGAAGUCUGGAAACAAUCACGGGAAACGAGUCAUAACUGUUAGAUAGUUUGUUUUUGAAUUAAGAAUUUUGCUCAAAGCGAAGGCAAUAUGAUCCGGUCCUUGGACGUGGAAGCAAAACCUGGGGACCUGGAGAGUUUAGUGUUGAUAAGAUUGAGCCGUCAUUGAGAGAGAGUGCGCGAACGUUGCGGGAGUGAACGAGAACAAGUCAGUGUUUGUUUUGAACGAGUUGUACUGUAUAAGACUGUGAAACCUACGAUUAGAAGCUAUUUAUUUUUGUGGUCAA